AUCACGUAUGUAGCAUGCAGAGCCGGCAGCGGAGCCAGCGAGCCACAGCCGAGCUCUUUUUUAAUGAGAUACGGCGAGGCAGGGAGCGAGGGGGCUGUGGCUGGAGACCCGGAUUCGGCGCUGCGGAUGGCUGCUGUCCUUAAGCGGGCAGCAAAAUGAAGGGGAGAGGAAGCGAGGCAGAGUUGUAACCUUUUUUGCGACUCAGCCCCCGGGAUCUUUGCGCUCGCUUGUGCGUCUGUGUUUCGUUUUAUUUUUUUUCCUCCCCCCACCGACGGGACCUAGGAGAGCCUAAAGGAAGGGGCAAGAAGGAGGAGCGAAGGAGAAAGAUGUCCUCGGCUAAGGAUGCGGGCGGAGGAGCGCAGCAUGCCCAGUACGUAGGGCCGUACAGACUGGAGAAGACGUUGGGGAAGGGACAGACAGGACUGGUGAAGCUGGGUGUUCACUGUGUGACGGGAAGAAAAGUGGCAAUCAAGAUCGUGAACCGCGAGAAGCUCAGCGAGUCCGUGCUAAUGAAGGUGGAGAGGGAGAUCGCCAUCCUGAAACUCAUCGAGCACCCGCACGUGCUGAAGCUGUACGAUGUCUACGAGAACAAGAAGUACCUGUACCUGGUGCUGGAGCACGUGUCAGGAGGAGAACUGUUUGACUACUUGGUGAAGAAAGGACGACUCACCCCCAAGGAAGCGCGCAAGUUCCUCCGCCAGAUCAUCUCUGCGCUGGACUUUUGCCACAGUCACUCCAUAUGCCACCGUGAUUUGAAGCCAGAAAAUCUCCUCCUGGAUGAGAAGAACAACAUUCGGAUCGCGGACUUUGGCAUGGCGUCUCUACAGGUUGGCGACAACCUUCUGGAGACCAGCUGUGGCUCCCCGCACUACGCCUGCCCCGAAGUCAUACGAGGAGAGAAAUACGAUGGGAGGAAGGCUGACGUUUGGAGCUGCGGAGUCAUCCUCUUCGCACUCCUGGUGGGCGCGCUUCCCUUCGACGACGACAACCUGCGGCAGCUGCUGGAGAAGGUGAAGCGUGGCGUGUUCCACAUGCCGCACUUCAUCCCCCCCGACUGCCAGAACCUCCUUCGGGGGAUGAUCGAGGUGGACACCAACAAGCGACUGACGCUGGAACAAGUUCAGAAACAUUCCUGGUAUCUUGUCGGUGCGAAGAACGAGCCGGAGCCAGAGCAGCCGGUGCCACGGAAAGUGACGCUGCACCCCAUCCAGGGCGUGGAGGACAUUGACCCCGACGUGCUGGAGAGCAUGAACUCUCUGGGUUGCUUCCAAGACAAGAGCAAACUCAUCCAGGACUUGCUGUCCGAAGAGGAAAACCAGGAGAAGAUGGUGUACUUCCUGCUGCUCGACCGGAAAGAGCGAUACCCCAGCCAGGAGGACGAAAACCUCCCGCCCAGAAAUGAGAUCGCGGACCCGCCACGGAAGCGCGUCGACUCGCCGCUGCUCAACAGACACGGCAAGUGGCGGCCCGAGCAAAAGUCCAUGGAGGUGCUGAGCGUCACAGACGGCGGGUCUCCGGUCACCGCGCGACGAGCGCUGGAGAUGGCACAGCACAGCCAGAGUAAACAGCUGAGCGUGCCGGUCAGAAUCAUGCCAAAGCACAUCCAGGCAGACAGGUCCCGGUCAGUAAGCGGUGCAUCGACAGGAUUAGUCACGAGUCCUCUCAGCAGUCCAAAGCCGGGAUGGCGGUCUCCCCACCUGUUCCCCGAUGCCAACUCCAGAUCCCAGAGCACGUCCGACGCGGACGACGGCGGAGACGUUUCCCUCUCCAGGAGGGUCUCGCUCUCCGACCCCAAAACGCAGACCCUCCCGAGCAAAGCGCGCAAGGCGGAGCGCCCCGUGCACAUGGUUCUCUCGAACCCUCUGCCCGCGGGCAACCCUGCCGCCGUGGCCGACGACGACGCCGGCCGUAGCCCGUCGCGCCGCGCCCCCCCUCCUCUGCCCCCGCCGCCGGCGAACCCCCGCCUCACUAACCCCCGGUCUAUCCCCGUCAUACAGGUGACACCCCACCCUUCCCCUCGAGGCAGCCCCCUCCCCACCCCAAAGGGCACGCCCCACCACACCCCCAGGGACAGCCCGGCCGGCACGCCGAGCCCCACGCCGCCGUCGAGCCCCAGUGUGGGCGGCGCCCCGUGGCGCGCGCGCCUCCACUCCUUCAAGCACACCUUCCUCGGCUCGCCCAGGUUCCACCGCAGGAAGCUGCAAGUUCCCACUCCCGAAGAGAUGUCAAGUCUGACCCCCGAGUCAUCCCCAGAGCUCGCGAAAAAGUCAUGGUUUGGGAACUUCAUUAAUGCGGAGAAGGAGGAGCAGAUAUUUGUCGUGAUCAAGGACAAGCCCAUCAGCUCCAUCAAGGCCGACAUCGUGCAUGCCUUCCUCUCGAUUCCGAGCCUGAGUCACAGCGUGCUGUCGCAAACGAGUUUCCGGGCGGAAUAUAAGUCCGCUGGGAGCCCCGUGGUUUUCCAGAAGCCCGUCAAGUUCCAGGUGGACAUCACCUACUCGGAGGGCAACCCUGGCCUAAAGGAGACGGGGAUUUACUCCGUCACCUUCACCCUCAUGUCAGGUCCCAGCAGGAGGUUCAAGAAGGUUGUGGAGAUCAUCCAGGCACAGCUGGUGAACUCGCACGAUCAACCGCUGGUCCAGCAGCUUUCAGCAGUGCGUAUUUCAGACGAGAAGAACGCCAAGGGUCCACAGACGCCCGGCACCCCGUCGCGGAACAAGCGCAACGAGAUCGAAUCGAGUCCCAAGAUCGACGUGAAACCGCCAGCUGCGAAAGAGAAAGUCUAGUUGUGCACGGAGGGGGUGGAUUGGGGAAAAACACAAAAAAAUCGAGGCGUGCUCACAGCACACGAGCGACGGCUGUAAAUAAGGUGCUCUGUCGAACCACCACCGUCUUUCUACCUGCAGGUGUAGAUAUGCAACCCCCGUCCUGUACCUAAAGGCAUACAAAUGUAUCACGAGCGAGAACAGUAUAAAGGCGUUCUUUUUCCCGAUGCAUUGAAUUCAAUGCCUGCCAAGAAAAAUGCGUGGAAGCUUUGUGUCAACUUCAAUCGUAUGCACAGUUUUUACAGUAAUUUCCCGACUCCUUUUUGCUGUAUUUACAUGAAGUAGGAUGUAGCGUUUUGUUGUUGUUGUUGUUUUUUGUUUACUUAAUUUAUUCGAAGUCGGUUUGUUUAUGCGAAGCCAAGUGAACGUAGCAUACAGCUGCACAGUGUCUGUGCAUACACAGAGGUGUUCACCACUACCCAUGAUCCUUUGCGUUGUCGUUUAUUUAUUUGUACGUGAUUCUGAGUUACUCACCCACGUGAAAAAAAAUUUGGUCUUUGUAGGGUCAUAUAUUUUGGCCAUGGUAGGAAAAAAAGAGAAGUCAAUUUUUUUAAACAAAAUCAGUUUAAUGGGUACACAAAUACUCGCACUCUCUUCAAAAUGUGUGUAAAUUGCCUUAGAGUGUGCAACACAAAAAUGGGUAUUUUUUUUUCUUUUUUCAAAGUGUGGCUUUUAAGAGGGCGAGUAAGAUAAUGAUGGCCAUUUUACCCUAAAUCGAAGCUUUAGUUGCUGACAAAAAAAUAAAACAUAGACAAAAAAAAUGACAAAACGUAUAUAUGUAUACACAAAAGAAAAAAAAAACUAGAUUAAUGUUUUUGCUGCAGGGCAAACUCGAAGUAUGCAAAAGUCUAUUGUAAAAAGAACCAACUAGUUUGUAUAUCAUCCCAUUCCACUGCUGGCUUAAUUGUACGGUCAUAUUUGCUCUUUUUUGUUGGACUUAGUUGCACUUUAUUAAGAUCUUUGAUGUGACAGAAGUUAAAGACUGCCCCCCCCCUGCCCCCCCUCGUUUUCCCCCCUCCCCUACCGCCCCUCCCCUCACUGUAAGUUUUUAUUUUAUUUAUGAUAAAUUCAGUGUGUGCAAGUAAUAUAUUAAUGUGGUGUAUUGUGAAGUCUUGUAGAUAUUUUUCCACCAAAACGAUUUAAUUUAUUGGGAAGGGAAAGGGUACAGUAUAUCAAUGCAGUGUUACCGGUAGAAUUUUACUGCUUUAUUUUUACAGUUUUGCUUUUUAUCUCUCUCCUUACAUUUGCCUUCCAAAUUUGGUCCGUGUAUUACCAUUUAUCGUGCUACUGUGAAACUGCUUAAAUAUUUCUUCCAUAAUUUAUUUCAAUUGUUUUACGCGUUUAUACCUUCAAAAUUAAAACAAUAUACUGUUUGUAUAUUAACUAGGUGAUGAAUCUUGCCGACAUCCACGUUAAUUAUGCAUGCUCCCUAGAACAUUUUUGUUGCAUGAUGUCAGUGUUACUUACUCGCCUAUAUGUGAAUGUCAAUUUCUGCUGUUACUCUCCUCUCUCUCUCUCUCUUGCGGGUCUCCUUCCUGAACUUUACUAUCACUGACCAAACUCUCCCCUGCUUCCAAUCAAACCUGACUCCUGGCUUUCCUGUAUCACUGCUGCAGCUCCCCCUGUCUCCCUCCUUGCCCCGGGUUUCUCCGCUCCCUUCCCCCCCCCCCCCCCCUGUCGUCCUUUGGCCUAUUGGAGAGUUUAGCAUUUAGACCUUUUUCUAUUACACCUGAGCACCGCGGUAGAAAUCUGGGGCCGCUUUUAUUCCCGCAGGAGGCACUGUUGCACCGGGAUUGCAGGAACCCUUCCCGGGCAGGGAAUGAAUCUCAAGCACAACCUUUUGCAGAAGUGGCUGAUUUUGACGUUUUUUUGUUGUUGUUGUUGAAUCUGUAAGGGUUUCUGCACUCCUCACCGUUUGACCAUCGUUUUACGAGGAUGCGCAGCACUCGCUUGGAACGGCGGCCGCUUAACAAACAAAAAAAGGGAGACUCCGCUGCAGCUGAAUGCUUCAAGUUAAAAACAAAGUUUUCUGAACCUAAUUUGCCGGAAAACUACUUUUGGCAAUCGCGGCCCAACGGGCGUUUUUUCCUCGAACAUCGUGCCAUUUGUGGCCACUUUGCCCUCUAUGUACAGUGAUUUUGUCUAUUUAUUAGUUUAUUUAUUAGCAUAUUUAAUUUCAACCAAUCGGCAGAAUCGGUAUCCGUUAAGAGGCACUGCAACGGAAAUGACUGCUACAAGUAUCCCACUUAUAUAUAACCACUGGACUCGUGAAUGCAGUGUUGACAAUUUGAGCAGAAAUCAUUGGUCCGGUAUCUCCUAUGGGAAGUGGCCCAGAAAAGCAAUACUUUUGCAAUAUGGUGUACCCCCAUCAUCUGAAGUCUGUUGGCUAGAGCAGUCUUACCUUGGCAAGUAUGUUGUAUGAGAUUAAUAAAAUGUCUUCUUGGUUAAAAAAAAAACAUCAAUUGUGG